UUGAACGGUGGUUUAAGUAUUUUAGAUGAUACUUAAUAUGUACUAUGCUAUUGUAUUAUGUAUACAUAUGACAAAUACAUAUACCAGUGCUAUUACAAUAAUGUCAACGAGCUAUCAAGAAAGAGAAAUGUACUCAAGUGACUUUCAAUUGUUUUUCGAAGAGAAUCCGUUUAUUUGACAAAUUAUUUCAUUCAGUUCGAUUCAGUUUUGUUCCCUGGUGUUUUCGAGAAUUUCCCCUUUGCAGUUCUUUGUUAUUUAUUUAAAAUGGCUGAAAUGGCUGAUGCAAAAGGUGAAUUGGAACAAGAGUGCACGGAAACUGUAGAUGGUCAACCGGGGCAGAAGAAGAAAAGGCUCGAUGAGAGCACGGAUUCAAAUAAUCACAUAAAAAUCUCGGACCUCAACCAAUUUUGCUUGGAAAAAAUAUUCGCUCAUUUGUCUUUGGAAGACCUACUUGACGUAUCAGAUUCCAACAAAUAUCUUAAAUCGGCCACUCGUAUGCCAUUCGUUUGGAACUAUGCUGGGAAAUCAGUCAGGAUUGAUCAGGAGGAAACAAUACAUUACAGCACUGUUAAGGGGAUAAUAAUAUUUGAGUCUUAUACAGAUAUUCGGAAACACCCAGGAGAUGAAGAUAUUGUGAUUGUAGAUCUAAAAAAGGGUUUUCAAAUGGUACGUUGCUUCGGUGGACUGAUAACCGAGCUCAAUUUGCGGUUUUUUUCAUUUUAUAAAAAAAAUAGUUCCGAAAACUAUAAACGCCUUGUGAGUUACAUAGACGAAUUUUGCGCUGAAUCAUUAAAAAAAGUUUCAUUAGACGAGGGGUGGGGAAUUGAAUACCUCGAAAAACCAUUUUCAAACGUCGAAGACUUAACAAUUCACGCUUUAAUUAAUUUUGAAGAGAAAUGUUUGAGCUCGCUGUUUCCAAAAAUGAAUCGCUUGCAUUUAAAUGGAUUUCUUGAAGAUAAACUCUCAGUUCUAUCGGAGUAUUUUCCAAAUUUACAAGAUUUAAAAUUGCGUUGUCACAGUGUCCUGGUUUUUGAUAAUCUUGCUACCAUAUUCCAACUUAAUCCAAAUAUAAGAAGUUUGGAGAUCGGUACAUGCAAUUUCAAUAACUUCAAUAGCUUCAGUGAACACUAUCUACAAUCUAUUGAAAGUCUUUAUAUUCAUAGCUUUAAAGUCCAAGAAUAUGACAAUUCGAUACAUUUUUCAAAUGUUAAAAAAUUCAAAAUUCGAUAUUCAUUAUGCAACAUAAAUGCCCCUAGCCUGACAAAAAUUCCUUUUUCGUUCAGUGAGUUGAAAGAGUUCGAAAUUGAUUGUUUUCACACAUUUCCUGGGUUUUUCAUUAAUUUUAUCAAUGAAAAUCCGAUGAUUGAAAAAUUAACGUUUACACGUUAUGGUUUACUCAAAAAUGUGUUAGUGACAGAGGAUUUGGUGGCUGUGCUACCAUUUUUAAAAGAAAUUAUUUUCGAUAGAGCGAUUCAAAACACUAGAAACGCAUUACCAACUUUGUUGCCGUAUUUAGAGUCUUUGAGACGUUUUACUUUUCGUACUAGAGAUACGGAUGAAGAAAUCAGGGCAGGUUGCGGCGACAAAUGGCGAUUCUAUCGCCAUGAGGAAUAUAAUAGGAUCGUAACGUUGGAGCCCAAUGAGGCGAAUGUUUGAAUUUCCAUUUAUUCAAUUCUUUCCCGUGGGAAUACACGUGAACCUGGAACACAUAUACAUAAAAACGUGCGGAUAAGAUGCGACUAGAAAAUUACACAGAAGAAUUAAAUAAUCUGUUGCAAGAAGAGCGAUUGAGUGGUGCCACUCUCUUAGUUUUGGCCAACAAACAAGACGUUCCUGGUGCCUUAUCAUCUAAGGAUAUUAAAGAUAUUUUGGAAUUGGACAAAAUUGAAACGCAUCAUUGGAGCGUCGUGGGAGUGAGUGCUGUAACUGGCGAGAAGCUCUUAGCAUCAAUCGACUGGAUGAUUGACGACAUCGCAAAACGAAUAUUCACGCUUGAUUAAUUUAAGUCUCUCUGGGAAUUAAUCGUGUCGAUUUUUCAAAAGAUGGCGUAACUUUGCAUGGUUGUAUCGGGCAAUACUUUUUUCUUCUUCACAUGAGUGGUCUAGUGUCAAACUACAAAAAUCAUCAUCUAUCAUUUCAUCGAAGUUUGGAUAAACAUUUUUUUUUGCGCCUUAAAUAUGUCAAAUUUUGUACCGAAAAAGCAACAUUUCCCGCAAGCAUUAAUUUUUUGCUUUCAUUUGAAGAAAACUGCGGCUGAAGCGCAUCGAAUGUUGGUGGAAGCCUAUGGUGAGCAUGCUCCAUCGGAACGUACAUGUGAACGGUGGUUUUCACGGUUCAAAAGUGGUGAUUUUAGCACGGAAGACAAGGAACGUCCCGGCCAGCCAAAAAAGUUUGAAGAUGCGGAAUUGGAGGCAUUGCUCGAUGAAGAUUCGAGUCAAACUCAAGAUGAGCUUGCCAGAGCAUUGAAUGUUGACCGAAGCACUGUUGGAUAUCGUUUAAGGGCCCUUGGUCGCAAAACGAAUAUUCACGCUUGAUUAAUUUUAGUCUCUCUCUCUAUAUUUUAAACACGUAAUUCAAUGAUCGCACUAACUGUGUUAACCAAACUGCAAAUGCUCUAAACCAUUUUCACCGCUGAGAAUCAUUCUCAACAUAUUUUGUUAUACGAAAUUAUUGAAUAAAAGCUAUGAACUAAAA